CUGUUGUGAGCAAGAAAGAAUAUACUAGAAAAUCUGUCAUUUCAGAAGUUACUUUUAUUUUUUGAUAUUGCGACGUGAAAAACCGACGGACUGUGGUCGAUAAAAUAGCGAAAAUCGAGGCAAGAUUUAUAAGUCAUUUUCGACAUAGAUUACCGACGGCUUGAGGUCGCAAAAUUUUGAUUAUAUUAAAAGGAACACACCCUAAUUUCUAUACUUUAUUUCUUUCCUAUCCACUUUUUAUCUUGGCGAUUCACUUCUUAAAACAGCAAACAAGGCCGUUAAACGGCACCACGUUCACAAUAGCAUCACCCUUCAGUCACGGUACACAGAGUCAAAGUUUUGGUGAGAUUGGAAUGCAGGAUGCUUAUUGGAGGCUGAUUAUCGUCCUGAUGAUACUGGGUUUUUUCCAUCCACUCAAUCUACGGAUUGGAUUAUGGAGUCUAUUAUAUCAUUUUAUCGCGACGCUUGGAUUACCUGGGAAGAGAUACCUUUGAUUGACAAAAACCAUAUGUGGAAUCACUUUGGGACGAAGUGUACACGGUAUCCCCAACAUGGUAAUCAAAUACUAUGUAAUUUUGAUAAAACUGCUGCUGAUAUACUUUAUUAUAUCUUGCGGCCUGCCCGGAGAAAGGGCCAAAAGCCCAAUUGGAUGCUAGACGGUAUAUGGGCUAAACUUAAACAAAGGUGGGCUGCUGAGGAACCUCAAAAGACAAGCAUCCAAGCAAAGGCAGCCCGAGCCUCUGACAAGGGUGACUCGUUGCACAUCGGGGGUUCAGUUUGUGUAAAGACUCAUCGACAAAGAUUGGAAAAGAAAAAAGGGAGAACUAUGACUUAUGAUGAGGUCUUUGAUGGGAAUCAUGUGAAAGAUAAAAAGGAUGGUCGCGGAACUUGGGUCGAGCCACAUGUUGAGAAGACAUGUUGGGUUUUAAAAAGGCUUGGAUGAAUGGCGUCAAAGUGAGCCUACUUCUGAGGAUGGUAGUUCAACCCAAUCGUCACAGGAUGAUGAAGCUUCAAUGUCGUCGGAGGCGAUUGGUGGCGUAAAAAAAGAUACACAGAGUCGAAAUGCUGGAGAGGUCGGAACACUGGAUGCUUUUUGUAGGCUGAUUAUCGCUCCUCAUGAGACUGCAGGGUUUUGUCCAUCCUCUCUAUCUGAAAAAUGGAUUAUGCUUGCUAUUACAUUAUGUUAUUAUGACGCUUGGAUUUCCUGGGAAGAGAUACCUUUGAUUAACAAAGAGGAUGUGGGAUCUCUUUAGGACGAAGUGUACAUGGUAUCCCCAACAUGGUAAUCAAAUAUUUUGUAAUUUUGAUAAAACUGCUGCUGAUUUACUUAAACAUACCUUGUGUACUGCUCGGAGAGAGGGUCAAAAGCCCAAUCUGAUGGCAGAAUGUAUAUGGGCUAGACUUAAUGAAAAGUGGGCCACUGAGGAAUUUAAAAAAACGAGCAUCCAAGCAAAGGCAGCCCGAGCCUCUGACAAGGGUGACUCAUUGCACAUCGGGGGUUUAGCUAGUAUAAGGACUCAUCGACAGAGAUUGGUAACAUGUUUAUUAAAUUUUGAGAUAAUGCUCAAAAACACACUUGAGCUAUUGUUUUUUUGUGAGUUUUACACCCUAACUAUCAAUUUUCGUUUUCCUACCUGAACUAUCAGCAUGUAUUAAAACACACCUUAAAUAGCAGUUGUUCCCUUAAUUUCCUACCUUAGUUGAGGUGUGUUUUAAUACAUGGUGAUAGUUCAGGUAGGAAAACGAAACAACUGAUAGUUGGAGUGUGAAACUCGCGAAAAAGUAAUAGUUCUUGUGUGUUUUUGACCAUUAACUCUUGAAUUUUCCUUGAUUUUAACUAAAUGUGAUUGAACUUUUAUUCAACUCAUACUGUUUUUGCAAGAAAACAAAAAAGGGAAAACCACGACUUAUGAGGUUGUUCAGGAGAACAAUGUGAAAAAUAAAAAGGAUGGUCAUGGAACUCGAGUCGAGCCACAUGUUGAGAAGACAUAUGUUGGGUAUUUUAAAUGCUUGGACGAAUGGCGUCAAAGUGACCCUACUUCUGUGGAUGGUAGCUCAACCGAAUUGUCACAGGAUGACGAAGCUUCAAUGUCAUUGGAGGCGAUUGGUGGCGUAAAAAAAGGUACACAAAGUCAAAAUUUUGGUGAGAUUGGAGCGCCGGCUGGUUUUCGGUUGGUGACUAUCACUCCUGAUUGGACCACUAGGUUUUUUUCCUUCACUGAAACUACAAAGAGGAUCAUGAAUUCUAUUAAAUCAUUUUAUUGUGAUGCUUGGAUUACCUGGACAGAGAUAUAUUUCUUCGACAGACAACAUAUAUGGGAUCACUUUAGGGUGCAGAUAUGGGAUAACUUUAGGAAGUAUGGAUGGUAUCCCUCUAAUGAUUAUCUAAUAUUUUAUAAUUUUGAGAAACACGUUGAUGAUAUACUUAAAGAUACCUUGUGGACUGCUCGGAGAGAGGGUCAGAAGCCUAAUUGGAUGCUAGAAGGUAUAUGGGCUAAACUUAAAGCAAGGUGGGCAUAUGAGGAAGUUGAAAAGACGAGCAUCCAAGCAAAGGCAGCCCGAGCCUCUGACAAGGGUGAAUCGUUGCACAUCGGGUGUUCAGUUAAUAGAGGGACUCAUCGACAGAGAUUGGAAAAUAAAAAAGGGAGAUCUAUGACUUAUGAUGAGGUUGUUCAGGAGAACCAUGUGAAAAAUAAAAAGGAUGGUCAUGGAACUCGAGUCGAGCCACAUGUGAGAGGACAUAUGUUGGAUAUUUUAAAGGCUUGGAUGAAUGGCGUCUAAGUGAGCCUGCUUCUGAGGAUGGCAGAUCAACCCAAUCGUCACACGAUGAUGAAGCUUCAAUAUUGCUGGAGGCGAUUGGUGGCGUAAAGAAACGUAAAGUCCGUGGCCUUGUAUCACAACUUGGCAUAGGCCAUCCUACAUCGGGAUUGUCUGGUGCUUCUGUUAGUUCUCUGCAGAAUCAGGAAGAGAUGGAUUCAUUGCGGAAACAAAUACAGAAGUUGUCGAAAAAGCGCAAAGCAGAUCGUUUAAGACUUGCUCGAUUGGAGAAUCUAGUGCAUAAUCUCAAAGACAUCUGCCGAUCUGAUGAGUCUGACGACGACUCUGAUGGCGAGAAUUAGUUUGUUGUACUUUUGAUGUUCGGAACAUCCACUUGUUUGAUUUGGUUCGGAUAUAGGCUGAAUGAUGUUUGAAUAUCUAGACUUGCUUUUGGAUGUUUAAGACUUGAUUUGGAUGUUUCAGACUUGAUUUGGAUGUCUUAGUUACAAAUGUUUUUGUUUAA